GCAGGCGGUGGGGGACAGGACAGGACAGGGUGUGCCGGCACUCGGUGGGAUCGAGGGCCGUGGGCAGCCGGGCGCUGCGGGCAGCGGUGCGUCCUGGGGAGGCGGCCUGAGGAGGGUGGUGAGCUGGUCACUGCAGCUGAACGCUGCUCGGGGGGUUUCUUACGGUGUUGAUUGGGUCCGUAGGCGCGCUGUGCCAAGUGAAAUUAAGGUUAUCCAGCAUCCCCAGGGGGCUGAGGAAUUUGCUGCUGCGCUUAGGCAGCCUUAGCUUACAGGACUGCUGAACUUUUGGGAUCGCAGAGUGCGAUCGCAACUCUUCCGGUACAAUGAGAAAAAUUCAUCCUUGCCAAACGCUGCUGAGGUGAUUGCGUGAUCAACCUUUAGUCCUUCGACUAACAAGGGUGGUGUGCCGUUCAGCUGCCAGCCUCAAUCCUGCCCCUGUGGUUCGUGAGCAGUGAUGGUGUUUGAGACCCUGUCAGGUCUGCAAGAGCCUGUCGGUGGCAUCUGAAGAAGUAGCCUGAAGAUGAACUUCUUCCUGGAAACAUUAAAAGUCACUGUACUUCUUGUUUACUACUUACUGGAGUCACUGGUGUUCUUGGUUGUUCCUGGACGGAAGAAGAAUGUUAGUGGUGAAAUCGUAUUAAUAACAGGAGCGGGAAGUGGCAUUGGAAGACACUUAGCGGUGAAAUUUGCCAGCCUUGGAGCCACGGUGGUCCUCUGGGAUAUUAAUCAAGAGGGGCUCAACUGCACAGUUAGACUGGCCAAAGAAAAAGGAGCAGGAAGAAUACACUCUUAUGUCUGUGACUGUGGCAAAAAACAGGAUAUCUACAGAGUAGCUGACCAGGUUAAAAAAGAAGUUGGUGAUGUCAGCAUCUUGAUCAACAAUGCUGGUAUUGUAAUUGGGAAGGAAUUUCUUGAUUCUCCAGAUUCACUUCUAGAAAAAACCAUGGAAGUGAACACAAUGGCACACUUCUGGACUUACAAAGCCUUCCUCCCAGCAAUGAUUGCUGCUAACCAUGGACACUUGGUUAGCAUAGCAAGCUGUGCAGGACUGUGUGGAGCCGGUCGGGCUUCAGAUUACUGUGCAAGUAAAUUUGCAGCAGUUGGUUUUGCAGAGUCAAUUGAUUUGGAGAUGAGAAUUCUGAGAAAGACUGGUGUUAAAACCACAAUUGUGUGUCCUUACGUCAUAAACACGGGAAUGUUUGAUGGUGUUAAAUCCAAGUGGCCACGUUUGAUUCCCAUUCUGGAUCCAGAGUAUGUGGCCGAGAGGAUAAUCAGUGCUGUUCGGCAGAACCAAGAAAUCUUGGUAGUACCACGCAUCGCUUAUGUUUGUCCUUUUUUGAAAAGGUAAGUUAUGUUUCUUUCCCCCUCUCUCUUUUCUGUCUGGGGAUGCUUAAAAUAUUAAAGAGGCUUCUUCUUGCUGGUUUGAAUUUUCAUUAAGUUAUGCACAUUUUUGGAAGGGUUUUGUUUGUUUUUUGUUUGUAUGAGUUCAGUCUACCCUUGGGCCACAGAACAAUGACAGAAAUUCCUAACUGUGCCUUGCUGACUCCACUGGAGUGCAAUUUUACUGGGGGCUGUAGAGACAGCCUGCUUCCCUGUAACUGCAUGUCAGAGAAUUAUUGGUUGGAAAAGACCUCUAAGAUCACUGAGUUCAAUGGUAAACCCAUCUGGUGUCUUACUCUAGCAUUUGGGCACUUUUGACUCUGUUGCAAGCCAGGUUGGAAUACUGAUCUAUCUAUAACUCAGGCUGCCAAAUGAGUGUAAAGGAUAUUUUGAGAGGACCAGUGGGUCUGUAUUAUAAAGAGUAUACUGCCUUUGCCAGUAUUAGCUAGGUUAAACUAACUGUGAUAAAAUUGCUCAACUCUUCUGAUAUCUCUUUGUUUCUUUUUGUCUUCUUCUAUGUCCCUGCCUUACAGCUUCCUACCAGUGAAAGCAACUGUUCUCCUUUUAGACUACUUUGGACUCCUUGAUUUCAUGAGUACCUUCAAAGGUCGACCAAAGAAAGAAUGAAAAAGCACAAAAUUCAGAGACCAGCAGCUCUAAAGUGGGUGUUAAAGUUAGUUAAAGGUGGUGGUGGGAAAAGUUCACUUCACUAGCAGCUGUGAACUUUGGGUGCCUCAUUUCUCAAUAGUAACAAGAUUUUUAAGAGUUGCUUUUUAACUGGCUCUUAAUCAACAGCCUUCAUCUGAACUAUUGUUUGUAGUCCAGUGGAUUGUUCUCUUUUCACCUCAUUAUGAAAAUACAUUAAUUGAAUUUAGUUGCUUUGGUUUAUAAUGCCUUAAAUGGGAUCCUGCAUCACAAACCAGUAAUUGGCAACUUUGGGGGUAAGAAAAGACCAAGAAACCACAUGUAUUUAGCAGGUAGUCGGAAAAGCCUGUAGUGGAUCUGACUUCUUGCUGCUAUUCAGAGGAACCAUGAGGAUGGUUCUGCUGGUGAACCAUGGGGCUGUACUGCUGGUGCCAUUACCAUUCCCUGUUAAGCUGAGGAAUUCAAGAAUUUCCUCAAACAACGGAUUCUAACUCUUACAAGUGAAAGCUUUGUGGGAUAAAAAUAUACACUGUGUUGGUGAAAAAACAAUUUACAUUCAUUAAUUUUUGGAGGUGUGAUCUCUCAACUCACAGAUGACAAUGGAUGUUGGGGCAGGGGUAGGGAAGCAUAUGUAGGUUAAGCAUUUGUGCUGCUAAUCUACUUUGUGCCUAAUUUAUUUUAAAAGCUAAUACUAUGACUGCAACUUUGUAACAGAAGUCUUUGUAUCUUUUAAGAACAGUAUUUUAAGAACUAUUUUAAAUUGUCAUCUCCUAAGAAGAAUAAACUUGUAUUUAUAAAGCAUGAGACUGCCAGUCUAGGUGAGACAUUCAAUGUCUCAUCAAAAGAGACAACGAACUACUAAAAGCGAGGAUGUUGUGUUGUAUAACUGGGGUUUCUCUUGGGAUUAUUUCAGAAAGGAAUGAUGUUGACAGAACUGAAUGGUAUCAUUACAGCCAUCCUUUGAGUAACAGCAUAAUGUUUGGCUUCUCUGAGUUGGGUGACAGGUUGCCUUGUGUCUACAGAGACUUGGUUUACUUUCCCUUUACUCUUAGGUCUGUCCAUUUAUUUUGAACAUAUGCUGAGGAGGCGUUGCCCUUUUUGACAGUGGAUGCUUAGAAAGCUACCUUGACUUUUUGUAAUCCAAAACCAGAAAAAGGAAGCUUAUGUGUGCAUCACUUCUGUGCAUGCUAAGUCCACUUCAUCUCACAGUUCUCUGCUAGCAAUUGGUAUAGCAAUUGAAACAGUAUGAAGAAAAGGGGGACUUUUUUAAUGGGGAGUCUUUUUCUUUCAAUGAUGGCCUAGAAAUUACCUUCAUUUCCCUUGUCUAUACAAAUAGUAAGGUUUAUUAGCAGAGAAAGGUUGACAUAGAACUACUUUACUACUGAUGAGCAAGAAACACUGAGUAAAACAAGUGUGUUAAAAAAUCACGCUUACCUUUAUGAUGGAUUGAUGAGAGCUAGAAUUCAGACUGAUGAAGAAGAGAUUUGUUUCAAUCUCCUUUCAGAUCUUCAGCUUCUCCUCAAAAUUUAUCCUUAUUUUACAGUACACCUCAGGAAACAGGAGUUAACCAAGUAAAAAAGAUUGUCUCAAUGUGCAGUCCAUACACACAUUGCAGUGUUCACAAAUUCUACCACUAAUAACUAUGUGGUGUAUCUUUUUCUACUAACAGCACAUAUUUUUCCCUUCUGGCUUUGAAGUGCUAGAUAUGCAGAGCUCUGGAGCAAAGGGGAAAAGUGAGCUCUGCAUAUGAACACUAUGAGUAUCAAACUCCAGCUCUAGUGAGAGCAAGCUUUUCAUUUUUGGUGUCUUUGUGAACACCUUCUGCUGAGGAAAAUUAGAAGCAGUAAGUUUGGCAGUAGGAUUUGGGGAUUUUCAGCAGGUUCAUAUUUGUCACAGAUCUAGGAGGAUUUUACCUGAAAAUCUUUCCAGCUAAAUACCUCUCCAUGGAAUUUUCCUACAGAAUCAGUGGAAAGGACCUGUGCUCAAUUAAGUUUUGUAUAUCUCUAAGCUUGGAAACUCUACAACCUCUCUGGGUAACUUUUCUAGUGUUUGUUCAUGCUCUGUUUAAAAACAGAUAAAUGAAAAUUAUGUGUAAAUUGAAUGUACUUUAUUUCAUGUCCUUUCAGAAGAUACAACUAAGAGUCUGUGUUUCACACCUUCCUUUUGGGUACUUAUACACAUUGGGGCUCAGCCUUUUCUCAAGACUAAGUAGUCCCAGAAAUCUCAAUCUCUUUUUGUAUGGCAGGUGCUCCAGUAUCUUAAUUAUCUUUUCAGCCCUUCACUGGACUCACUGAGUAUAUGCAAAAACUAGUUAUGAGUAUAUUCACAUCUCUUAGAGACCAAUUUCUGUACUAGACUGAGCAUGCAUAAUAUGUCAUACAGAGCUUCAGGAGAAAAUCUCUGCUUGCUAGCUGUCCUAGUAGGAGUACACAAAUAAUGGGUUUUUAUAUAAAUGUGCUGCUACCACAUUAAAUAUUGAGGUCACUGGUAAAUUCCAUCAUGUACCUGGAGGAUAACAGCCUGUUCUGUGGUGGUUUUUAUCUCGCCCAUCUCCUAUGAUGGCAUGACAGAUGUGGAGUUGUAUCCUGGAGGUCAAACAGCACACAUCCUUCCCCUGUGUUCAGGAGGUUGCUUGGAGUGAGUGUUUGGAUCUUCAACUGAGAUAUAAAUGUCGUAAGAUAAAAGAUGGCUUACUUCCAGCAUAACAAUAAUCUUGACUGAUUACUUUCCUGAUGCCAAAAAAGAGUCUUUCCUUCUGCUCUCGGCAAGAAAACUCAUGGAAGGAUCACUGUGACAGCCAAACAAGAAGAUAAAAUUUGAAAAGGAAGAGCAUUUCAUUUGUGAGAGCAUAAUGUCUGACUGCUGGACGAUAUAUCAGGCAGCUCCCACAAAAGAAUUGUUGGUUUCAUGGCCAUUGCCUGAAAUUUUAAAUAGUCUCUCCCCAAAAAUGACUGUUCCAAAUUUGACUGGGAUGGCUGCAUUAGCCUAAUAAUGAUAGUUAUGGUGAUUCAAAAGCAAUCCAUGGUAUUUUAUUGCCUGCUGUAUUUCUUUUCCAUGUGAGACCAUAUUCCUGUGGUAGCAGAAAUCUUGCUGUCCUCUAAUGCUUCAAAGCAUGGAGAACAUAGUGCCAAGAAAAAGUAACUUGAUAAAAUCCUCUGAACAAGAUUGAGAAGGAAGACAAACAAAAAACCAGCAGCUGAGAUACAAGCUUCAUUAUUAUUUUAUUAAUUUGGAAUUCAUACCCAGGAGCUAUGUGUACCUGCUUGGAAUCUGGUGUUCAUGGUGGUCUGGUUUCAUUUUAGGAAGGAGUCAAGCAGGUAUCUCUUCUCUGGUAACUUUCCUCGGGACAGUUAUCUUCCAAAGACACCAAUGUGGACUGCAUCAUUUGCUAAGCAGCUGUUCAAAGACAUAGGCUUUGUAAAAAUAAGCAUUUCAACAAAAUAACUUAGCUUCUCUCACUGAUUUUUUCUUUGCUGUGACAAUCAAGAGAAAUUAUUUUGGAUCCACAGUUACCAGAUAUUCCAGUAAAAUGCAGAAUUACUGUCUCUCGGGUGACACUUAAAAAUGUAUUGUCAAUAGCUCAGUAGGUGGGGUAGCACUACAAGCAGGGACUUUUGUCCGCUCACUGUAUGACACACAUUCUCUCUAGUGUUAGGUGUCUCCAGCUUGAUGAUAUUUUCUCUGCCUUUCAAAGCUUCCAAGCUAACAGCCUGAACUUCUGUGAGAACUUCACAGAGUCCCUGUGGCCUAUGGCUGAGGAAAACAUAGCUCUGCCUUGGGAAGAGAAGUGGAAAAAAAAAAUCACACCUUCUUCCUUUGCCCUUGGCAGUAUCACACUAGGAGGAGCACCCUCAGGAUUGCAACAGAGCUGUUCAAGACAAAGGUGUGACAAGGGCAGAAGUUCUGUGCCAAGGUGCUCUGUGUUGUUGCAUCUGCUGGGUAGUUACUGCUUGAUUUAAACUAACCUUGGUUCUUGGUACAGCUGUGUUGAGAAAUUUCACACCUUAUCCAAGGUCAGGCAUAGCUACAUCUAAGGAAACAUUGUUCUGUAGGACUUGUAGUGGAGUAGUCUUCCACAAUCCCUGCCCUGGAAGGAAGAACCCUAAGACAUACUGUUACACUUUUGCUUCUCCAUGUCUUGGGGUCCAGAGGCAGCAGCCCCGGCUUUGGCACAGAAAGAAGAGUCAACAGAGCCAGAACACAAGCAGCAGCAGCAACCCUGUCGGCACAUGGAGCUAACAAUUAAAGAGGUUCUUGCUGAACAAGUUUGGCCUGUUGGUACCACAAACUUCAUGCCUAGACGGUACCAUGGUCUAGGCUACCUGGGUGAUGGUGCAGUCCCCAUGGGCAGGUGUCUGCAUCACCUCUAUUGACUGUAUUGCUGUAAAGGCAGCUUGCUCAGAGAUUAAUGCAAGGUGGUAUGUGAUAGCUGAGGAAUCUGUUGAGCAUAUGGUCUUUAAUAAUUGUUCCCCAGAAAUGGGAAUUCUUGUUGGAAGGUUAAUAUGGAAGGUCUUCUCUAUAUUAAUUCUAGAAGACACACUUUGCAUUAUUUAUUGUCUGCAUAUUUCUGUCAUGAUAAUGAUGGUUAACCCUGAAGCACACUCACACAAUGCGCCAUGCACAGCUAAUAAAGUUAUAAAACUGAUUUGAAUCAUGCUACAGUUGUUGCAGAAUGUCCUACCUGUGUUUUGGGGAGCUUCUAACAAAUUAAGAGAAAGCUGUCAAUUCCAAGUAAUCACAUCUGGCCAGGGUGUUGUAUCCAGAAGGAGCAAAUAUCACUAGAAUAGCCAGAUGAGGUGCUUGUUUGCAGUGCUUCCUUCAGGAAGUAUGUAAUUUCUACCCUCUGGUAUUUAGUCGGUCUCUAACAGAACAUGGGAGUAAUUGAAAAUGUGCCUAGUCGAAAUUUCUGUGUUAAAAUUUCCUAAAAAAAGGAAUACCAAGUUAAUUCCACCAAAAAGAAAAUAAAAAUACUUGAAGCAGUUAGAGCCUGCUGUAGCAAUUAUCUCCACCGGCAGCAAGAGGCAGAAAUCUGUUUCCAACCUUGCUCCUGAGCCAAGGGCUUGGAAGACAGCUAUGAAACUAGUUUAUUCAACCUUUAUUUUUUCCACGUUGACAAUGAAAUGUCUGACUGCCCUCUUCCAUGCUUUUAGAUCCAGAUAAUUUUAUCUGCAAUGACAUUUAUAACAACAUUUUAGGGAUUAUGGAUUGGUCCUUGGCAUUCAGAUAAUUGAAAAAACAAAGUAUCUUUGCUUUUAAUUUGUGUGUGAUUGUAACUCUGCCUGUCUAAAUGGGUCAGGUUUUCAGCUCCCAUUCAAAGGGGAGGGAGCACUUAAAAAAAUCACUGCACAUUCAAGAAAUAAUGUCCUGACAUCUGCUUUUUCCUAGAUUUGGAAUGAGGCAGCUACAUUUGUUGGAAAAGAACUACAGUAUCCAAAGUGGAAAACCCCCUUAGAAAAGAAGACUGGAGGAGGGAUAAAAAAAGUGAGGAAUUUUAAUUCACCAGUUCAAAUGGGAAUCAAUUAAAUAUGUGGACAGUUCAAGAAAAGAGGGAGGGGUGAUAUUGGUGAUAGUGUUGAUGAGUACUUAGUUGGUAUAUGGUCUCCUUGUGGGAUGUAUCAGAAGACUUCCUUUUGGUCCACAGGAUUCUUGAAGGCUGCAUUAGUUUCUACUGUUCUGAAUUUCCUAACCUAAAUAGGGGUUAGUUUGCAUUGUGUCUCACAAACAAGGUAUUUUGUAAAAAGGAUAAGCACUUUGGAAGAGUGGAAUAUAGGAUAUAUAUAAACAUACAUACAUACAUAUAUAUAUAUGCACACUUCAUUUAUACAUAUAUGAAGUAUAAUGUUUAGAUUUUGUUUUGAUUCUGCAUGCACAGAGGUAUAAAGAGGCAGACAGGAAGGUUUCCAAGCCUAUACCCUUUUAAAAGUAUUUUCAACUAGUUUUUGCAAUUCAGUGUACUGUAGCCGGUUUGAGAUUUACAUCUGAAGCCAGGUAGUGACUUGUCUGUCAGAUUAAAUAAUCUCUUAUCACAACCAUUUUAUGGGGUAGCACCUCUGACUGCUAGGAACCUAGACUAAGGAGACAGUGGCAUGUUCACAGCAUUUAUUUUUUAUUCAACCAGCCACAAGCCUAGCCAUUUUGACAUUAUUUUUCAGAACAUGGCAUGGAAACAAUGGACUUUUCACAUCCACAAGAAGUGCUGUUGCAUUAUUUCCAGUGUGAAGGCCUGUUGUGUAUUAUUCUCUUAUAUAUAUAUAUGCUUUUUUGUUUUGUUGUAUUACAGCAGAAAAAGCCACAAAGACAUACCAGGAAUAUCUACCCAUGUUCUCCACCUGAGUUAUAGAUUGAUUUGUUUGGUGGUUUUUUUGUUGAUUUUUUUUUUUUUAAUUUUUAAUAGUGUUGUCUUAAAAUCCAGAAAGUAGCAGUAGAAGUCCAAGGAGAUCAAGAGAGCAAGCUAAGGGAUAAGUUCAGGGUUCACACCAAUUCUUUUCCUGAGGGUUUUGAAGGAGAAAGAAUAGUGCAAUAAAUUAUGCCUUUGCAACCAAAUACAAAUUAUCGUAACUAUGUUGAAGGAUGGGAUCUUGCCCCUUUGAAAUCCAGAGAUCACCCCCAAGGAAAUCUACAAUGUCCAUUCUUACAUUCCUGCAUGUAAACCAUUAGAGCUUCUGUAGUGGCUAAUGAAAUUCAGGAUUCAUUUGGGUUUCACCCCUGUGUAUUCCAUUAAACCUGUUUUGGGAGACAUUCUGCCACAGGACUGGUCUCCAGAUUUUAUACACCUGCUAAUAUUUUUUAGGAUAUUUUCAUAUCAAUAGAUGCAUUAAUCUUGUAAACUGUAAACCAAAUAUAAUCUGAAUAAAGAAUUACUUGAAUUGAGGAAGGGACUUAGAAAAUGUGUUGACUAAAAUAGUAUUUUCCUUUCUGGGGUCAAAGAGUGCUAAAAGCUUGUGUUUUUUCCUAAAUGGGGAAGUAAGUAUCCUUUUUCUUUCCCCACUGUAAGCAGGCAAGAAUUUUUUCCUUUUUUUUGGGAUGCAUUGAUAAUAUCCACUAAUUAGGGGCAGAAUGGCCCUGCAUCUUUCAUCAAGCACAUAGUCAGGGCACUGCAUCAGUAGUGACUUAAUAGCACUUCAAGAUUUCUGGAAAUUCCUUGGCUUUCAUCCUAUUGCCACUCCCUAGCUGGACUGUAAUGAGACUUGGAUGGAAAAUUUUAAGAACCUUUGUAUUUUGCCUGCAUGGGGAAAGGACUGCUAUAAAUUGACUACUGUUACCUUGGAUAUUUUUAGAGAUUAGCAAAAUUGAUUGGUUGUAACUGGACUAUAGUCUCUUAAAGUAAUUGUCUCUUAACAAAAGUAAUUGUCUUAGAAGAAAAAGAUAAAUACCUAUAAACUUGCACACACAUAUGUUAUGCUUAACUUUAGAUUACAGUUAACAUAAUGGUAGAUAGCUUCAGUGGUAUGGAGAAUUCCAACAUUAAAGUGGCUGAUGGUUUGAAAAGAAAUUUAGGUAGAAAGACAAAACAAAGGCAAAUCACAGUCAGUACAAUGCUGAUAAUAAUUGUUUGUAUUUAAGGUUUGUGUAUGCUGUGAUGCAACUAAGCACACACAACUUAGCAAUGGCUUUCCACUGAGGCUGAAAUGGGAUUAGAGUAGGCAGCACUUGGAGAGGUGUGUGCACCCUUGCAUUUGCUUUUCUGCAUAUGUAUGGAUAUUUGCAUUCUGCAUGAGGUGAUGUUUUGGAUCACUAGUUCUGUGUGUAAGAACCUCAAGUCGCACCAAGUUCAAUGUCUGCUAUUCCAGACAAUAGACUAUUUUUUAAUAUUACUAAUGUGGAAUACUCAUGGGAAAAUACGUGACGGAAUGCCUUUGAGUGAAUCCCCUAUCUGUUUUUCAAACGACAUUCUUGUUAUAAGACUAGUUUGAAGGCUUAUUCAGAGAUUAUAUGAAACCUGGCUUAUAUUGGGAUUCUGCCACAUCCUUGGAUCUUCCCCCACAAAAAUGUUGAUCACAUCAGACUUGUUCCAAAGAUAAGAAUUGAUAGAAAUAGGCUUGUUUGUUUACCUUGGUCCUGCAGGUGAUGAACCCUCUGACUUUGGCACAAUGAGAAGUUACACAGAUAUGUAACUUCAGAUAAUCCUUUUUGGCUCUGUUUUCUCCACCCUACGUGACAGGGAAUUUAACUAUCAUUGUGCAGUCGUUGGUUUGAAAGAGGGUUUUGGCUCAGAAGAUGCUGACAAAGAUGAUGAUCCGAAAUAGCUGUUGGGAAAGAGUGACCGGGAUAACCAGCUGAACAGGAGCCAUGACACUGCUGUUCUCCACAUGCUGGUUCUUCCUUAGGGCCACAAGAGAGGCUUGGGGAUGAUCUCCUCACAAUGUCUGCUCAUCAGCAGGGGCAGUUAGUGCUAGUGUUGCUAAGAACAGGCUGCUGGCACGUACACUACUAUACACUGUACACUACUACUCUGCCUGUACGGGCUGGGGCAGAGUGGCCAGAAAGCAGCCUGGUGGCAAACCAGGUGGAGGUGCUGGGCACCAGCAUCUCACCAUGAGCCAGUGUGUGCCCAGGUGGCCAAGAAGGCCAGUGGCAUCCUGGCCUGUAUCAGCAAUAGUGUGGCCAGCAGGACCAGGGCAGUGAUUGUCCCCCUGUACCCAGCCCUGGUGAGGCCACACCUUGAGUCCUGUGUUCCGUUCUCAGCUCCUCAGAUCAGGAGGAACAUUUUGGUUCUGGAGCAUUUUCAGAACAACAGAGAAAGGCAACAAAGCCAGUGAAGGGUCUGGAGCACAACUCUGAUGAGGAGUGGCUGAGGGAGCUGGGGCUGUUUAGCCUGCAGCAAAGGAGGCUCUGGUGGGGCCUUAUCACUCUCUGCAAUUACCUGAAAGGAGCAAGGUGGGGGGUUGGCCCCUUCUCCCAGGUAACACAUGUCAGGAUGAGAGCACAUAGCUGUAAGCUGUGCCAGGGGAGGUUCGGGCUGAACAUCAGGAGGAACUUUUUCAUAGAAAGGGUUGUUAAGCAUUGAAUGCCCAGGGAGGGGAUAGAGUCACCAUCCCUGGCAGUGUUUAAAGAAACACUGGAUGUGAUAGUACCAUGGUCUAGUUGACAUGGUGGUGUUUGGUCAUAGCUUGGAUUCAAUGACCUCAGAGGUCUUUUCCAAGCUAAAAGAUUCUGUGAUUCUUUGACUAUUAAGGUGAAGAAGAUACCAACACUGAAUAGUCAAAAAGACACAUUGAUCACAUAAGUUAAAAAUUAUUGUAAUAAACUAAAAUUGGUUUGUAUCUCUCAAACAGUC